CCGCCUCCGCCGCCGCCGGCCAAGAUGCCCGAGAAGCCGGUGAAGUGUACGUGUCCCAGCAAACGCCAGUCGCUCGUGGAUGCGGUGUCGCCCAGCAAGAUCAGCACGGAGAAGCGCCAGAGUGUUCCAUCGCCCUUUCAUCAGAGCCUCGUGGCCGACGCCUCGCCCAAAUGCACGUGUUCAGUGGGCCAGAAGGCGCCCAAGCCUCGUCCGGUGCCGCUGAAGAGGGACAUGGCCACGAGUCCCAAUUUGGCGCCCAAGAGUCCCACGAUAAAGGUCUCCUCAGAGGAGGAUGAGAAGGAAGUGGAACUCCAGGCACCUGAGAUAUGUGCCGUGACACUGCCAAGCCCACGGGCUGAGAGAGCCACCAGGAACGCCGCCACGAGUCCCAGACUCGAGGUGAAGCACAAGGCGAGUCCACUGAGAGAGAAUCCGAAUCGCGUGCUGGAGAAGUCCAACAGCUUGGGCGAAAAGAAGCCUUCGAGAGUGCUGAGGAACACGAGGAGUCUCUCUCCGCGGCCACCAGUGAAGCACCAACACGCCAUCACGGUGUCGGAUGAGAACGAUGUGGUGUCGGUGAAGCUGUCGCCUAAUGACGAGUUUGUGGAGGAGGAGGCGAAGAAGCUGGCCGAUCCGUCGCCCAAGAAGAAGACCAGAAGUGCUCACGCGUCGCCGAAUCUCUCUGAUUGCGGCGGCUUGGCGUAUGAGGAUCGCUUCGCCAACAAUCGCUCAACAGGAUGCCUGGUGUAUGUGCCAUCGGAUCCGUGGCUUCGGCUGUCGGACGAGGAGGAGGCGAUGGACACUUUGCGCCAGGGCAGGAAGAAGAAGAAGGACAAGAAGCGCGUGGAGAAGGCUCACAGUCGUCCCAACAUCCUGGAAGGCGAUGAUCCGUGGGUGUGGAAGGGCCCAAGUGAUGCUCAGGCGAGGAAGAAUGCCUAUCGCCAGAGCAAGUCUCUCCAAUCCACGGCCGGAGAGUAUUCCUCCCUGAAGCAUUUACCCGGGAAGAAGGACGCGUCGCUUCGUCCGAAGUUGCAGCGCUCAAAGUCUCCCGUUCUCAUGAUGAAUGAUCUUGAGGAGACUCCUGUCCAGAAGAGCGCCAAUCUCAGCGUGGCCAAUCAUCUUCUGCCGCGCCACAGCUUCUCCACGACACCGACGCAGCGCGACGACGAGCUGCAGCUGAACAUCCGGCGACUCAGCGAACAGAUGCGACACUCACCAGCCUACAACACUGCCUAUGACGGACGCGAGAAGAUUCUCGAUCGACGGCGGACGGCGUCACCUCUGCCACCGCCGCCCCCGCCCCCGGCGGACCCGCUCCUCGAGACGACCUGCUAAGGAGCGCGCCAAUGUGAUUUCCGGGGAGACACGCACUAACGAUUUAAGGUAAAGGAAUCAUGAUUUAGCUAAAAGAUUGUCGACUGUUUAAGAAAAUUGCAUUUAAGAGUUAAGCGUAGGUUUAUUGACAUUUUCUCCUCCCAUGAACUGAAUUCUCCGUGCGCCACGUCCGGAAGGAAAUUGUGUAUAGAAAUUUUCCCCUUAGUUAGGCCCAGUCCAGUGUGUUCCUUAUAUACUCUCUGUGGCUCUUUUCGUCCACAGCUUGUGGUCAAACUGUUAGAUGCACACUCUUUUGCUAUUUCUUGAGGCGAUGAAGUGAUGAGAAAUUUGAGAGCACGAAAAUUCUGUAGAACUUAGAAAUAUUCAGUAUUAGAAUCUCAAUUUAGUAUUAUUAAUCAUUAAUUGUCGUUAGCAAAAAGAAACGUGCACAAAAUUAGAGUAGAUAUAAUGCAGUGAAAAAACUAAGUUUACAGUAUUAAAUGCCAUGAAUUAAGGUCUAGACAGAAUACACUUUGCUCUUAAGAGUUGUAUUAUGUUCACUUCUCACACAGCUUAACGAAUUCUGCUGACUUAAAGUGUCUUUUUUAAUCAAAAUUCCAUUAAUUGAUGCACUUAAUAUUUGCACAUCUUUUGAACUUGUUAAAAAUUGUGGAUUCUGUCUAAACCUUUAAUCAAUUACAGUGCAAUAUUUAGUUAGCUUUUCCAGUAAAUCAGGCAUAGAAAAGAUGGAUUAAUGCAGCUUUUUGGCCUAGAAAGAGCACAUAGAAGAGGAAAUCCUCAAGUGUGCAAUUAGCGUUAUUGCGAGUGUUGUGCAUCUAACAUUUGCACCAUGUUCUGUUCUUCUAUCGUAAUUCUAUUUCUUUGGUGAAACAUUUUUUAUCGGUAAUCAUAAGCGUCUAAUUGUGAGUUGAAGGAGGGUUUUUUUCAAUGGGAUUGACAUUCUGUAUGGGAAUGAAUUAAAUAUGAUUAUAAGAGAAACGGUUGCCAAUAUAGAGAAUGUGUCUCGAUUCAAAGAGUAAAUUGAGCCAUUCUCACAACAUAGUGAAGUGCGAGAGACGGAAAAAAUAGCAAGGAAGCAUAACAAAAUGAUUAAGCACAAAUUAUAUUGAGAAUAAUAUACAUAUAACAAUUUUUUGGUAUUCUUGUAUUAUCUAAAUUGCAGCGCAUUGAGUGAGUAAACAAUCAUUGAAAGGAAAAUAUCUCAAAUUAGCUGUAUAUUUUAUCGAAAGAAUAUUAUUCUAAUGAUGUAAGAUUGCUAGUUCAACAAUGAGUAAGAUAUCUUAAGAAGUAAUAAUCAAAAAAAGGAUAUAUUUCGUUUAAAAUGGACUUUUUUCAAUGUGUGUGAUGAGACCAAAAUGGAGAAUUAAAUGGACGGCGUAAUAUUUCUAAAAUAGCUAAUAAAAUACAAUAUUAUUAAAUGGGAAAAUAUUGAGAAAAAAAAAUUGUCAUUCAUGUGGUUUUUAAAGUUCUUCUUUAUUUUCCAAGAUAAAUUGAUACAUAUAAAAGAUCUUUUCUACUUAGAGAUUGAUUAUGGGAAAGAAUUGAGCAUCUCUUAUUAAUCGAAUGCUAAGAAAUUAUUUCAUGAUGGUUCUAGGAGUAAGUUUUUUGACGGAUCGGCUGAAGAAGAGGUGUAGUUGAAUGAUGCGAGCGAAGAAGAGGGCAAAAAACUAACAUAUUCAAUUGUAACAGUUUCAUGUUAUAUUAACGAUCAUUAAACAAUAAAAGGUGAAAAAAUCUUGA